AGUUGCUGCUCUUCAUGCUGUUAGCAAUACCCAUGAGCUCAAAGACGGUGCAAUCGAAGGAUAAAGAUGAAAUAGGAUACCUUUUUACGGGCUACUUUUCUUUAAACGAUUGCAAAAGAGAAUACAAUCAAAGCCAAGUUAUAGAGAAACUAAUGAGUCUUCCAUCCAACAACAAAAUUGCUUUCAAUGUCAAAUGGAUAAGAUCAUCCCUAGAAGAUAUUGUGUUCAAUGCAACGGUCACUGGAUUGGGACCAGCUCCAAUGGAGGUAUCUCUUGAUUUGUACGCAUACAGAGGAUUCGGAAAUACCACUCCGCCACAAUUGACCGGAAGGGGAGAAGUGAAUAAUUGCGAAAAAUGAAUAUUGAUCACGUAAAGUUUGAAUGAAGUGUUGACUAUCUUUCAUUUUUCAAUAAAAAAGUUUUUAGAUGA